ACUUUUGAGCAAACUGCAGACAUUGCAAAGCCGAAGCCUCUGCCAAAACGCAACGACUCUGCCUACAAAACCGCCACCCCCAUGUCCCGGGCGCAAUGGUCAGACAAGCCGAACACACGAGCGAGAGAAAUCCUGGAAGAGAACCACGACAGCAGUGCCGCGCUGCUCAAGGAUCUGCAAGAGCCAGAGUACGCCUGCCGCGACGUCGAGGUCCGCGAUGGAGUGUGGCAGAUGAUGGCCCAGAUCGAGGCCUUUGCCAAAGCGCACUUCAGCUUCGAGCUCAAGGACAAGACGCGCUUGCAAGCUGCGUUCCAGAGCAUGCCGAAGGAGACCAUCAAGAUCAUCGGCUGCGUUGUAUCGAGUGGCCCUGGAGGUGCCAGCGGCUGGGAGGAUCUCUUCAUCGACAGCAGUAAGCGCCAGGCCCUUGUCUGUGCCAUCACCGGCAAUACCAUGGUCGAGCAGGUCUUCCAGCACAUCUUCUUCGGCGGCACGAGCGAGCAGAUCAAGGAGGUUGCUGCUAUACAAUACGAGCACAGAAACAACGAUGGAUUCACCCGCAACACCCUCCACGCAACCAAGAUCCGCAGCCUCCUCGCCCCAACAAAGCACAAUUCCCCACCCCUCCACCUCCCGCCCAACUUCAACGCACACGUGACCCACACCGUCGCCGCGCUACUCACACACCUCAUGCCCCUCCUCACCCUCCACGCCCCAAACAACCCCACACCCCUCAUUCCCGCCCUCUACGCCCUAACCACCCACACCGCCCUCCUCUCGCUCGCCAUGCGCCUCACGCCCCACACAGUAUACCACUUCCCCCCAUCUUCAAGGACCAGCCCUACACCGCGUCCUCAAUGGAGUGCUCCAACCACGCAGCCAUGAUCGUGAGUGUAUUACCACAGUCCAUCCAGGUUGCCACAAGAUCUACAGUUACAGUGUAAGGUCCGUCCCUACGUGCCGGGACGCACGGUGUAACGAGACAAGUUCGCACUCUGGGCCUCCAGAGCCUCUUCUUGUCCACUCAUUUUACAAACCUCAGAUUGAUAUGCAGCAUUCUUUAGUUAACUCUUCACUAGUC